AUGGCUAUCAACAACCCAUCGGUGUUUCUGUUGAUGAUAAACGGACAGAUAGAGGGGGCGAAUGUGAGUAGCGUAGCUAGCUAACGUUAGUAACGCUAGCUAUGAAGCUAGCUAGCUAAGCAUCUAACGUUAGCAAGCUAAGAUGAGUCAUUGGUUUUAGUGAGCAUAAACAUGUUGUUUAAAACUGCCGUGUUCAUUUGCUCUUCGACCCAUUCUCUCUGAUCUGAUCUGAUGUGUUGUGUUGUGUUGUCAGUUUCCGGAGUAUGACGACCUGUACUGUAAAUACUGCUUCGUCUACGGACACGACUGGGCUCCCACCUCGGUGAGUCACACCGCGUCAUCUGGAACACGCUGAAGUUCAGUUACUAUGGAUAGAUACAUAAUGCGCUUGUUUUGCUAGCUAGCAACUACUAAAUACUCAAAUAGUUGCAUGUCCAGUGAUGCCGGGAACUGCGAACUCGGAAAACUCCGACUUCCGAGCGUUCAAAACAACUGGGAACUCUGGGGAAAAAACUAUUUGAACGGUCAUCCAACUCGGGAAUUCGGGCCUCUUUCUAGAGAUCCGACUUUCUGACCUGAAGAUCACAGACGUCAUGAUUUGACCUCGUAUUUUUCCGAGUUCCCAGUUGUUUUGAAUGAGUCAUCAAUAUCUCUCCCUCACCUCUCCUCCCCCGCUCCCUUUCUCUCUCCACCCAUCCUUUUCCCUCCCUCCCUCCUCUCCUCUCUCCCGCUCCAUCUCUGUCCUCCUCCCCUCUCCAUCUUCUCCUCCCUCCUCUCCCCUCUCCCUCUCCUCACCCCCCCGCCCUUCCUCCCUUCCCUCUCACCCCAUUCUUCCCUCCCUCCUCCCCCCCUCUCCCUCUCUCCCCCCUCUCCCUCCCUCUCCUCACCCCCUCCCCUCUCCCUCUCUCCUCCCUCUCCACCCUCUCCCACUCGUUUGGCCUCUCCUCUCCCCUCCUCUCACCCUCUCCACCCCCUCUCCCUCCUCCUCCUCCCCCCCCCUCUCUCCCACCCUCUCCCUCCCCUCUCUCCCCCCCCUCUCCCUACCCCCUCCCUCCUCCCUCCCGACUCCUCUCCCUCCCCUCCCUCCUCCUCUCCCAACCCCUCUCCCUCCUCCUCCUCUCCCAUCCUCCCUCUCCAGGGCCUAGAGGAAGGUAUAUCCCAGAUUACGUCUAAAGGCAGAGACUCUCCUCAAAGAAUGAUCUGGAACUUUCCUCUGGAGAUCACCUUCAAGAGCACCAACCCCUUAGGCUGUGAGACACACCCACACACGUCUUACCAUACCACACAUUUCAUGAUGCCAUAGCUCUAACACUCUUGUGUGUGUGUUCCCAGGGCCUCAGAUCGUGGUGAGUGUGUAUGGUCCUGAUACGUUUGGUAACGAUGUGGUCAGAGGAUACGGAGCAACACAUAUCCCCUUCACUCCUGGACAGUCAGUAUCUCUCCUCUCUCCAUCUCCUUCACAGUCAGUAUCUCUCCUCUCUCCAUCUCCUUCACUCCUGGACAGUCAGUAUCUCUCCUCUCUCCAUCCCCUUCACAGUCAGUAUCUCUCCUCUCUCCAUCUCCUUCACUCCUGGACAGUCAGUAUCUCUCCUCUCUCCAUCCCCUUCACUCCUGGACAGUCAGUAUCUCUCCUCUCUCCAUCUCCUUCACUCCUGGACAGUCAGUAUCUCUCCAUCCCCUUCACUCCUGGACAGUCAGUAUCUCUCCUCUCUCCAUCUCCUUCACUCCUGGACAGUCAGUAUCUCUCCUCUCUCCAUCUCCUUCACUCCUGGACAGUCAGUAUCUCUCCAUCUCCUUCACUCCUGGACAGUCAGUAUCUCUCCUCUCUCCAUCUCCUUCACUCCUGGACAGUCAGUAUCUCUCCUCUCUCCAUCUCCUUCACUCCUGGACAGUCAGUAUCUCUCCUCUCUCCAUCUCCUUCACUCCUGGACAGUCAGUAUCUCUCCAUCUCCUUCACUCCUGGACAGUCAGUAUCUCUCCUCUCUCCAUCUCCUUCACUCCUGGACAGUCAGUAUCUCUCCAUCUCCUUCACUCCUGGACAGUCAGUAUCUCUCCUCUCUCCAUCUCCUUCACUCCUGGACAGUCAGUAUCUCUCCUCUCUCCAUCUCCUUCACAGUCAGUAUCUCUCCUCUCUCCAUCUCCUUCACUCCUGGACAGUCAGUAUCUCUCCUCUCUCCAUCUCCUUCACUCCUGGACAGUCAGUAUCUCUCCAUCUCCUUCACUCCUGGACAGUCAGUAUCUCUCCUCUCUCCAUCUCCUUCACUCCUGGACAGUCAGUAUCUCUCCAUCUCCUUCACUCCUGGACAGUCAGUAUCUCUCCUCUCUCCAUCUCCUUCACUCCUGGACAGUCAGUAUCUCUCCAUCUCCUUCACUCCUGGACAGUCAGUAUCUCUCCUCUCUCCAUCUCCUUCACUCCUGGACAGUCAGUAUCUCUCCUCUCUCCAUCUCCUUCACAGUCAGUAUCUCUCCUCUCUCCAUCCUCUUCACUCCUGGACAGUCAGUAUCUCUCCAUCUCCUUCACUCCUGGACAGUCAGUAUCUCUCCUCUCUCCAUCUCCUUCACUCCUGGACAGUCAGUAUCUCUCCUCUCUCCAUCUCCUUCACUCCUGGACAGUCAGUAUCUCUCCUCUCUCCAUCUCCUUCACUCCUGGACAGUCAGUAUCUCUCCUCUCUCCAUCUCCUUCACUCCUGGACAGUCAGUAUCUCUCCAUCUCCUUCACUCCUGGACAGUCAGUAUCUCUCCUCUCUCCAUCCCCUUCAGUCAGUAUCUCUCCUCUCUCCAUCUCCUUCACUCCUGGACAGUCAGUAUCUCUCCUCUCUCCAUCUCCUUCACUCCUGGACAGUCAGUAUCUCUCCAUCUCCUUCACUCCUGGACAGUCAGUAUCUCUCCUCUCUCCAUCUCCUUCACUCCUGGACAGUCAGUAUCUCUCCUCUCUCCAUCCCCUUCACUCCUGGACAGUCAGUAUCUCUCCUCUCUCCAUCCCCUCCACUCCUGGACAGUCAGUAUCUCUCCUCUCUCCAUCUCCUUCACUCCUGGACAGUCAGUAUCUCUCCAUCCCCUUCACUCCUGGACAGUCAGUAUCUCUCCAUCUCCUUCACUCCUGGACAGUCAGUAUCUCUCCUCUCUCCCUCCCCUCCACUCCUGGACAGUCAGUAUCUCUCCUCUCUCCAUCUCCUUCACUCCUGGACAGUCAGUAUCUCUCCAUCUCCUUCACUCCUGGACAGUCAGUAUCUCUCCUCUCUCCAUCCCCUCCACUCCUGGACAGUCAGUAUCUCUCCUCUCUCCAUCUCCUUCACUCCUGGACAGUCAGUAUCUCUCCAUCUCCUUCACUCCUGGACAGUCAGUAUCUCUCCAUCUCCUUCACUCCUGGACAGUCAGUAUCUCUCCUCUCUCCAUCUCCUUCACUCCUGGACAGUCAGUAUCUCUCCAUCUCCUUCACUCCUGGACAGUCAGUAUCUCUCCAUCUCCUUCACUCCUGGACAGUCAGUAUCUCUCCUCUCUCCAUCUCCUUCACUCCUGGACAGUCAGUAUCUCUCCAUCUCCUUCACUCCUGGACAGUCAGUAUCUCUCCUCUCUCCAUCUCCUUCACUCCUGGACAGUCAGUAUCUCUCCUCUCUCCAUCUCCUUCACUCCUGGACAGUCAGUAUCUCUCCAUCUCCUUCACUCCUGGACAGUCAGUAUCUCUCCUCUCUCCAUCUCCUUCACUCCUGGACAGUCAGUAUCUCUCCUCUCUCCAUCUCCUUCACUCCUGGACAGUCAGUAUCUCUCCUCUCUCCAUCUCCUUCACUCCUGGACAGUCAGUAUCUCUCCUCUCUCCAUCUCCUUCACUCCUGGACAGUCAGUAUCUCUCCUCUCUCCAUCCCCUUCACUCCUGGACAGUCAGUAUCUCUCCUCUCUCCAUCUCCUUCACUCCUGGACAGUCAGUAUCUCUCCUCUCUCCAUCUCCUUCACUCCUGGACAGUCAGUAUCUCUCCUCUCUCCAUCUCCUUCACUCCUGGACAGUCAAUAUCUCUCCAUCUCCUUCACUCCUGGACAGUCAGUAUCUCUCCAUCUCCUUCACUCCUGGACAGUCAGUAUCUCUCCAUCUCCUCUAAUGUAAUCUCUUGUUUUCAGACACACCAGAACCAUCCCGAUGUUUGUUCCUGAAUCCACAUCAAGACUACAGAAAUUCACAAGGUAACGUGUUUGUGUUGCUGUGUGUCUGUUGCUGUGUGUCUGUUGCUGUGUGUCUGUUGCUGUGUGUCUGUUGCUGUGUGUCUGUUGCUGUGUGUUGCUGUGUGUCUGUUAUAGUGUGUCUGUUGCUGUGUGUCUGUUAUAGUGUGUCUGUUAUAGUGUGUCUGUUGCUGUGUGUCUGUUGCUGUGUGUCUGUUGCUGUGUGUCUGUUGCUGUGUGUCUGUCGCUGUGUGUCUGUUGCUGUGUGUCUGUUGCUGUGUGUCUGUUGAUAUGUGUCUGUUGCUGUGUGUCUGUUGCUGUGUGUCUGUUGAUAUGUGUCUGUUGCUGUGUGUCUGUUACUGUGUGUCUGUUGAUAUGUGUCUGUUGCUGUGUGUCUGUUGCUGUGUGUUGCUGUGUGUCUGUUGCUGUGUGUUGCUGUGUGUCUGUUGCUGUGUGUCUGUUGCUGUGUGUGUGUGUGUAACUGUUGUGGUGUGUCUGUUGAUGUGUGUCUGUUGCCGGUUGUCUGUUACUGUGUGUAUUGUGUUAAAUGCUGGGUGCUAAGUGUGUCUGUGUUCUCUCUCCAGUUGGCUGCUGGGUCGGCGUCCAGAGUUCACUGAUCCUAAAGUGGUGGCCCAGGGAGAGGGCAGAGAAGGUAGGCUGUGUUUCUGUGUGUUUGGGAGAGGGCAGAGAAGGUAGGCUGUGUUUCUGUGGUGGCCCAGGGAGAGGGCAGAGAAGGUAGGCUGUGUUUCUGUGGUGGCCCAGGGAGAGGGCAGAGAAGGUAGGCUGUGUUUCUGUGUGUUUGGGAGAGGGCAGAGAAGGUAGGCUGUGUUUCUGUGGUGGCCCAGGGAGAGGGCAGAGAAGGUAGGCUGUGUUUCUGUGGUGGCCCAGGGAGAGGGCAGAGAAGGUAGGCUGUGUUUCUGUGGUGGCCCAGGGAGAGGGCAGAGAAGGUAGGCUGUGUUUCUGUGUGUUUGGGAGAUUUCUGCCGGGAUUCAUUCAAAAGGGUGUGUUGCUUCUCACUGCACUUCCAACAAUGCUUCGAUUUCCCUCAACGUUCAUAGAUCCCAUUCAUGGUCACCGCUGCACACGUCGGCAGGAGCAUAAACCCCUUUAUAAAGCACAUUGGAAUGGUGGUACUGCCUUUAAAUGGAUCCUGGCCUUAGAUAUCCUGGAGACUUCUCUCUCUAUCUCUCACUGCCAUAUCUCUCACUACCAUAUCUCUCACUGACAUAUCUCUCUCUCACCGCCAUAUCUCUCUCUCACCACCAUAUCUCUCUCUCACCACCAUAUCUCUCUCACUACCAUAUCUCUCACCACCAUCUCUCUCUCUCACUACCAUAUCUCUCUCUCUCACUACCAUAUCUCUCUCUCUCACUACCAUAUCUCUCUCUCUCACUACCAUAUCUCUCUCUCUCACUACCAUCUCUCUCUCUCACUACCAUCUCUCUCUCUCACUACCAUAUCUCUCUCACUACCAUAUCUCUCUCUUUCUCUCAGUGACCAGGGUUCGUUCUCAGGGUUUCGUUUCUCUCUCCUUCAACAUCGUGACUAAAGACAUGAAGAGACUGGGUUAUGACACCACGCCUACCGAGACCGCCCACACACACACUGCUGCCGCAGGCGUCGGACCGGGAGACCAGCCGUACAGCACGUGA